AUGGCCCCUCCAUCCAGCGGCCGCCUCUUCGAACCCCUCCGCCUCACUCCCAACAUCACCCUCUCCCACCGCAUGGCCAUGGCGCCGCUAACCCGCUUCCGCUCCGACGACGACCACGUGCCCAUCGUCCCGCUCAUGGCAACCUACUACUCCCAGCGGGCCUCGCUGCCAGGGACCCUGCUGGUGAGCGAAGCAACCUUCAUCUCGAAAAACGCGGGCGGCUACGACAACGUGCCGGGCAUCUACACGGCCGCGCAGGUCGCGGCCUGGAAGAAGGUGACGGAUGCGGUGCACGCCCGGGGCGGCUUCAUCUUCUGCCAGUUGUGGUCGCUCGGCCGGGCCGCCACGGCCGCUGUCGCGGCCAAGGAGGGGUUUAAGGUGCACUCGUCGAGCGCGGUGCCCAUGGACGAGCACCCGGGGACGGUGGUGCCCGAGGAGAUGACGGUCGAGGAGAUCAAGGAGCGGGUGAAGGAGUAUGCUACUGCGGCCAAGAACGCUAUCGAGGCCGGCUUUGAUGGCGUCGAGAUCCAUGGCGCCAAUGGGUACCUGAUUGAUCAGUUCAUUCAGGACACGUGCAAUCGGCGCGGGGAUGAGUACGGCGGGAGCGUGGAGAACCGGUCGCGGUUCGCCGUCGAGGUCGUAGACGCUGUCGUGCAGGCUGUUGGGGCGGAGAGGACGGGUAUUCGGCUGAGCCCGUGGAGCACGUUCCAAGGCAUGCGCAUGAAGGAUCCGGUGCCGCAGUUCGAGGAUGUUAUUCGGAAGAUUAGCGGGUUUGGGCUGGCGUAUCUGCAUCUGGUGCAGGGACGGAUUGCUGGGUCUGAAGAUUCGGGCGGUGCUGAUGAGGAGAGCCUGGGCUUUGCUGCCAAGCUGUGGAAUGGCCCGUUGCUGAUUGCAGGCGGGCUCACGGCCCAGAGCGCGACAUCCCUGGUGGAUGAGCAGUUCAAGGACAAGAACGUGGUGGCGGUGUUUGGGCGAUGGUACAUCUCGACGCCGGACCUGCCGUUCAGGAUCAAGGAGGGCAUUGAGCUGAACCCGUACGAGAGGCUUUCAUUCUAUGCGCCCAAAUCGCCGGUUGGGUACAUUGAUCAGUCCUUCAGCAAGGAGUAUGAGGCGGUGUACGGGGUACAGACAUUGAAUUAG